GGGCUUUCAUGCAUGGAUGCAGCCAUGCAGGCACGAGAAGCACGCCCUCCAUUAUUUCAAGUUUUCAACUGCGGCAUGGGUACAUACGAAUCUCUUUAUUUUUUCAGAACCGCCAUUCAAGGUAGUAAUUUAUUCGAAGUUUUGGCGGACAACACCCGACUGCACAAGGGCAGUAAAAAAAGCAGGAAUUACAUCACAAGAUUCUACACUCAAUCCACUGACUAUAUCAUUUUUAGCACACGUAUCAGCUACCUUGUUGGCGUCUAGGUAAUAUCGAAUUCCUGCAAGUUUGAAAGAAGUAACUGAAUCUCUCUAAGUAAAUAGCCUCCAGUGGACCUAAACGAACCAUCCUUCCAUUCAACCCGGAUUAACAGACAAUUCCUUUCACGAGGACUUUCUGCCAUCCCUUUUGUAUUGCUGGAGAGACUGCCUCCCUAAGUGCUAGCAGUUCACUGAGAUAGGGAUCCGUCACACUUUAAAAUUUGCACAUUCUUUGAGCUAAAAACUUCCCAGUGUGGGUACAUACGAAUCGAAUGCAUUGUCUACACACCUUUUACUUGUGGCUCACCGAUCGUUUGGAAAGCCGGCCCUGAGCAAGUACAAUAAGGUGACAUAAAUAGACUAUAAGGACUAAAAUAUUACAUCUUUGGUUAGUUGAAGGAGAGAGAAGAAAAGCGGGUUGUAAGUUAGUAACCAGCUGCAGCACGGGACGCAAAAUAUUUUGUAAGAUUGUAAGGUGGGCCAACUCUUUAGAAAGUGGUACAUAUUUCAAACUUACUAUUAUACAUGCCGACUAUUAAGGUUGGCUCUAUAUUACAUGACAACUUUUUAUAGCUGAAUGCUGGCUGUAUUAUUAACCAUACUAUCAUUUGCAACUUGCCGUACGCUGUAAUACUCAACAACGUGUGUUAUGUACAGUGUCUCAUAUCGAAAGUUGGCUUACGGAACCUUCUAGCUUCCUGAUCAACAGCCUCCUGGCUGAUUGUCCAGAGAAUGCGUUCUUUUAAUUAAAGCUCAACAUUCUCUGCAAAAAAAAGGAAAAAAAGGUAGCGCAGCACCUGCCUGGCCAGGAUAUGGAUAGACCGGUACAUAUGAGAUGCCAUAUAUAGCCACUAAACUAGACAAGCUCUUCUCGGUCCACUAGCUCGGAUGAUCCUCGAAACGAAAAGCCUCCUACCUGGUCCACUAAAAUAGAUAACCUGGUACAUUCCCCUAAAAAGAAAAAGAUAACCUGGGUACCUAGUAGGAUCGUCUCCGAUUGGUGUGACGAGGCUACAUAUACCGCUUCAAAUGCGAUGCCAACAACGCCACAAAGGCGCGCACGCACGCACACACACAAAGAGCAAGUGAAGCAGUAACGAGCAACUAGCAUGAAGGGUAGCACCACCGCCGUCGUGCUGAUGGUCUCAGUCUCACUGGUGGCCCUUCUCCUUGCCGGCGGUGCCGGCGCCGACGAGUCCAUCAUUCGCCUCCCCGUCGGCCAGGGCGAAGACGCAGUGACGGAGGAGACGAGGCCGUGGGACUGCUGCGACCGGCCAGUGUGCACCCGCUCCGACCCACCCCUGUGCGGCUGCAAGGACGUGGUGCAGCAGUGCUUCGCCACCUGCAAGAGCUGCAAGCCGGCGAAGCGGGCGGACGAGUCGGCCCCUUCCGGCUACAUGUGCCGGGACGCCUACCGUGGCUACCCCGGGCCCAAGUGCAUGCUCUGAUUCCGAUGCCUAUAUAUUUGUUGUUCCAUGUGAUCGGUUCGACGGUGCUAGCUGCUGCGUGCUGUCUAGUACUAUUAUGCAAGCUCAUGUAUGGUGUGCUACCUUUCUGGCAGCGUUGAAUAAGAUUUUCUAUGAAUAAGAGUGUUAAUUUUGU